GCCCAAAGAACAACACUCUAAAAGAUUAGAGGAUCAAGCCGCAGAAAGAUAUCGGUUUAUCCUUCCUAGACCAGAAGCCUCCGUUGUGCCUCUAGUAAAUGUAAAUCCUUCCCAAACAGUACCACAAGCCCUGGUAGCACCUCCGGAUUCAAAAGAAGAGCGAAUUUUUCGCGUUAAAGGAUGGCCUCUUAUACAAAAAAGAUCAGAGAAAGAAGGGGAACUUAUUAAGGGUGCUACAAAAGCACGAAAUUAA